AUGUCAACCAUGACAAACAUCCCUAUGACCAUUCCAAAAGAUGGCUCACUGGCCAAGUCUAUGGUCAAAGAUAUUAUCAGCACGUUUCUCACCAACGAGUGGCCAAACGUGGAUCCAGAAACGCUAAUAGUGACACGCAAUACGGGAUACGCAAACACAAACUGUGUAGUGGAACGGCCUCAGCCAAAGGGUGCCACACCUUCAGAGCCUCUUAAGGUGUUCCUCAAGAUUCACGGCGAACUUGACGGAGAAAUUGAGGUGUUCAAGCACCUAGUUCCCACCAAACACGAAGAGGCACAAUUAUGUCACGAUUACGCCCAAUUCGGUCUUGGUGCCAAGGUAUAUGGUUUCUUCCAGACACAGGAUGGCACGUUCGGAAGGAUCGAUGAGUUCUUAGAUGCACGCAAUCUGGAGCCAGCAGAUGUGGAAGACGCGAAUAUCCGAGCUGAGGUUGCGAGAGAAAAUGCCGUUUUUCAUACCUUAGCAACACAUCGGGAGAAGAAACCGGUUCAGCUAUACUACGAUGCAGUCGCCGGAGAACUUGCAAGAUAUCACAAGAUGGACAAGCUAAAGAGGCUAGCCAACGAAGGAGGUGUCAAUAUGGACAAUCUUGUUGAUUACGACUUCGUGUCUCGAAUAAGACAAGUCAUCAACAGACUGGAAGCUAUCAAAGGGAAAAAGGGAUGGUGCAUCCACGAUGUUCAAUUCAUGAACACGAUGGUGAAGAACAGUCCCAAGGAAGGAGAAAGCAAGAUCAUCCUUAUAGAUUUCGAAUUCGUCUUUCAGAAUUACCGAGGGUUCGAUAUUGGUGGACACUUUUUGCAAAAGAUGUUCCAGUGGUUUGACGAGGAGAACAAGAUUGCAAACUGUCGACCUUACACAGAAGAUGAGAAGAGGCACUUCUGCGAGGAAUAUGCGAAGCAAUGGAAUGAACAAACUGGUGACUCAGACACAGGGGAACAGGUUUUUAAGGAAUCCGAGUUAGGGUUCAUGCUGGCUAUCACGUUUGAAAUCCACAAUAUGCUCUGUUUUAUGGAUCAGGAUGAUGACAAGGAUACAUUGAGCAUGUUAGGGCUCAACAAGCUAUUUGAGGAGUUUGUCAAUCAGUCUAACAAGCUUGGAUUAGAGAAGUAA